AAAGACCACUUAUCGGGGGGAAAUAAAUCUAUCCAUCAUCACAGUUGUUUCUUUCCUUUCGUUUCUCCUCUCUUUAUAUAUUUUCUCUGCGUUUUUGUAGUUCUUUGGUUUUUCGGUAUAUGGCAGCCAAUUGGAAGAGUGGUGGAGGGAUCGCCAGCUUGGGGAAGCGACUUCUUGACCACACCUCUACUCGACACCCAACUCACUUCAACGCCACCACCACUCCCUCUCAGCCUGCUGCUGCUGCUGCUGCUUUCACUACCAGGAGUGCACACGCAUCGGCAUAUGACAAGAACCUGGAUGAUCAGGUCCGUCCAACUGUGGUACCUGAUGAUCUGAUUAAGCCUCAAUCAGACAAGUACUGGGCUCCACACCCGCAGACUGGGGUGUUUGGCCCUGCUACCGACCUCAACGCAUCCGCCGACGGGGACCGUGCCAACGUUGCCGUGAACUCGGUCCUGGAGGAGAAGGCCUGGUUCCGCCCCACAAGCAUUGAGGACUUGGAGAAGCCACACCAUACAUAAAGAAAAGGCGUGCUUUUAGCAGUCUUGCUUCCGGUCUAAUAAAGUGCAGUUGAAAAACCCUGGUUUAAUGUUUUUAUGGUUUGGCUGGUAGGAACAUACAUUUAUAUCUAUAUAUAUAGUUGGGGUAUCUAGCUUUAAUAGUAGUGUUAUAUGGGAAUUUGAAUAUCUAGUUACUAUCACCUUUGUAACAAACGAACGUGUGUUUGUAAUGCCUGCUGCCUGGUAUCUUACUACAAUAAAAGGUUUGGUUAUGAUGUGUA